UCGCAGGGGAGGGCCGGAGAGUUCGGAGCCUCUGCGGCUCUUCGCCUCCGCCGCCCAACCCUUCCCUCCUCUUUUCCUCCACUUCUCUCUCUGCCCUUCAACUUCACCCCACCGCGCCCUCCCCCAUCCCCAAUUAGCCAGAGGAGCUGAGGGAGAACCCUCUCUCCCUUUCUCCCUUCUCCUCCCUCCCCCCCAAAAAACCCCCAACUUUUUCCAGUGCGGAGGGGAGCGCGUGGGCAGCGGCUGGCCAUGGAGUUGCUGUGCUGCGAGGUGGACCCGGUCCGCAGGGCCGUGCGGGACGCCACCCUGCUGCAGGACGACCGCGUCCUGCAGAACCUGCUCACCGUCGAGGAGCGCUACCUGCCUCAGUGCUCCUACUUCAAGUGCGUGCAGAAGGACAUCCAGCCCUACAUGCGCAGGAUGGUGGCCACCUGGAUGCUGGAGGUCUGCGAAGAGCAGAAGUGUGAGGAAGAGGUCUUCUCUUUGGCCAUGAAUUACCUGGAUCGCUUCCUGGCGGGGGUCCCCACCCCUAAGACUCACCUGCAGCUGUUGGGGGCCGUCUGCAUGUUUCUGGCCUCCAAGCUCAAGGAGACCAUCCCACUGACAGCUGAAAAGUUGUGCAUUUACACCGACAACUCCAUCAAGCCACAGGAGCUGCUGGAGUGGGAGCUGGUGGUGUUGGGCAAAUUGAAGUGGAACCUGGCCGCCGUCACCCCCCACGACUUCAUCGAGCACAUUCUGCGCAAGCUGCCGCAGCCCAACGACAAGCUGCCGCUGAUCCGCAAGCACGCCCAGACCUUCAUCGCGCUGUGCGCCACCGAUUUCAAGUUUGCCAUGUACCCGCCGUCCAUGAUCGCCACAGGCAGCGUGGGGGCCGCCAUCUGCGGGCUGCAGCAGGAUGAGGACGUGAGCUCGCUCACCGGCGAUGCCCUGGUCGAUCUGCUGGCCAAGGUCACCAACACCGAUGUGGAUUGCCUCAAGGCCUGCCAGGAGCAGAUCGAGGUGGUGCUGCUGAACAGCCUGCAGCAGUACCGCGAGGACCAGGGCGAGGGGGCCAAGUCGGAGGAGGAACUGGAUCAAGCCAGCACCCCCACGGACGUCCGGGAGAUCGACCUGUGAGCGCCCCCGGCCUGCAGCGGCGGCGGGAGAGACGCCUUCCAUCCUGCUCUCUCCUCCUCUCUGGUUAUGUUUCUGUUCUUUCGUGUGUGUUUUUUAGGAUGCAACUUUAAAAAAAAAGAAAAAAGAAAAAAAAACAAAGAAAAAAAUGUCUGCCCCCCCCACCCCCUCCCCCACGUAGAUCCUAUUGAAAGAUCUUUUAGAAGUGAGAGAAAAGGGCCCUAUAUAAAAAAGAAAACGGAAUCGUUCGAAGCAUUUGGUGAUCUGGUGCCUAUUUGAAGUACAGCAAGAAAGGGAAUCCCUUGUUUAUGCGAGCAGUUAAUAGUCAAGUGCUUACAGGAAAACCCGCGAGUAGCUAGUGAAAAAUGUAUGCUUGCAAUAUGGGACAAGUUAGAGGAGGCUUUCUUUGUUUUUUUUUUGUUGUUGUUGUUGCUGUUGUUGUUAUUAUUUGUUUUCAUAUCACAAACUAGCCCAUACAUCCCUUUUAGGAUAAUGUCAAGGAACUGCAUGUGUCAUGUAUGACACAGUGAGAUUGCAAAGCAAUGAACUCCAGAAGGA